AUGGCUGACGCCGAUGGUGCCUCCCCGAAAGAGCACAUCCUCGAAGCAUGCCGGCGGGACAAUGUCGAACUGUUCCAUGAAGUAGUGGGAGGUCUCAAAGACAAGAGCAAGGAGCAGAUAGCCGAGUUCUUCAAUAAUGCCACAGACACAAUGGACGAUGUUAUGGACGAACUCCUCAACGUCGAAUUUCUCGAAUGUGACCCUCUGACAAGACGGGAUAAGGAGACACCAAUACACGUCGCUGUCAAAUAUGCCAAUGAACGAGAGGUUGAUCUUGGCGAGGCUAUGGCUAAGAUGCUGAUCGAUGCUGGUGGCGAUCCUAGAGUCAAAGAUGGCCAUGGAAGAAAACCCGCGGAAAUUUGCACUCCGAGGACCGAACAGUUACGGAGCAUUCUCAUAAAAGAGGAAUAUGUACUCAAUGAGGGUUUGAAGAACGCCGAUGUGUCCCAUGAAGAUGAUGACAACGGCGGCGCGAACUCAGCUUCCGACUCUGAAUGA